UUGAGAGCAAGAGAGGGAUAGAUGCGCUGUCCGCAUGUUUAAGUGGGACCCUAAUCCAACACAAAACAUUAAACAAGCCUCGUCCUUUGUUCCUCGUUUCGUCGCUCCCUCGCUCGCUCACUCCCAUGUGCUCCGCUUCUCCUUCUUGGUGGCACUCCAUUUGUCUGUCUCUACUAUUCCAUGUGCGACACUGAAAGAACAUGGUAGACUGGCAGAAAGUUUCCAGGGACCAAUGUAUUGUACGAACUGAGAUUAUGACCCUUUGAAACACACACACAUACACACACUCUCUCUCUCUCUUUCACUCAAUGGACUCCACAACUCUUCUUGACCAUGUUCUUUUCCAACUUACACCAACCAGAACCAGAUGUGACUUGGUGAUUUUCGCCGGCGGUCUGGGCGAGAAUUUGGCGUCGGGGCUUCUGGAACCCUUUGUUUUGCACCUUAAGUGCGCCAAAGAUCAGAUUUCGAGAGGUGGGUAUUCGAUCACUCUGCGUCCGGCGGGCUCACGUGCCCCCUGGUUCACCAAAGCCACUCUGCAAAGGUUUGUGAGAUUUGUUAGCACACCAGAAGUUCUUGAGAGAUUUGUGACUAUAGAGAGAGAGAUUGUGCAGAUUGAGAAUUCAAUUCAAUCAUGUGACUCGAUAGAGGCAGAUGGAAAUGGAUCAGCUACUGAUCGGAAGAAAUCAAAUGCCUCUUCUGAUUCAAAGGGUGAAUCCAGUGGAAAAGGCAAUGGUGUAGCUGAAGAAAACUCCAAGAUUCGUCUUCAGCGUGUUCUGGAAACUCGGAAGGCAGUGCUCCGUAAAGAGCAAGCAAUGGCUUAUGCCCGUGCUUUAGUUACUGGAUAUGAGCUGGAUUAUAUAGAAGAUCUCAUUUCUUUUGCUGAUGCUUUUGGAGCUUCUCGUUUAAGGGAAGCGUGCAUAAAUUUCAUCGAUCUAUGCAAGAAAAAGAAUGAAGAUAGGCUUUGGGUAGAUGAAAUUGCAGCAAUGCAGGCAAGCUCUCAGCCUGAAUUACCAUACUUGGGAACAUCUGAGAUCAUACUUGCUGGUGAAGAUCACGACGAUAGUUUUAUGAUAAAUGUUCACCCAAAUAGUCUCUCAGGUGGGAAACAGAAUGGCUCUGUAGAUGCAUCAGUGUCCAAUUCAACUGCAAUUAAUGGAAGUUUGGAUAUUGGCCAAGAUACUAGUUUGCCGGCAUCCACUCAAAUACCAUCAACAAAUGGUAGAGCACAAGUGCCACCAAUGUCAUGGCCAAACCAGCUUCCUCAGUACAUGCCCAAUUUUCAAGGUCCAGUAUUCCAACAAAUGCCCCCAUAUCCAGGCUAUGUUUUCCCUGGCAUGCAACCUGCAUCUUCUUACUAUCCAGGGCCUAGGCAAUGGCCUUCAAAUGUGGAAGAUGCUGGUCUUGCUCUGGAUCCGGAGCUGGAUGAUCGUCGGAAUCAUAAAUCAUCUUAUAGAAAUAAAAAGAAACUUUCACGUGGUAAAGUUUUGGAAACUUCAGAUCAAGAUGGAUCCACUGAGCCUAGUGACUCUGGUUCUGAGACUGAAUCAGAGGAUGAGCAUUUGGAGCAAGGAAAGAAAAGCUCUUCAAAAGAGCAGCCACGUAAAAAGAAGCAUGGGAAGAAGUCAUCAAGAAAGGUUGUCAUCCGCAAUAUCAAUUACAUAACCUCUAAGAGGGAUACAGAGAAGGACACUAUCUCUGAGGGGAACUCAUCUGAUGAGGAGUCAUUCAUUGAUGGGGAUUCACUCAAACAGCAAGUAGAGGAAGCAGUUGAAUCAUUGGAGAGAAGACAAAAAUCAACUUCACAUCGUCGUAAGAAACAACAGGGGGUCAAGCAUCCUGGCAUUGCAGAUGGUUCAAAUGAUGGUACUGAUCAGGAAAUUAAGAAUGGGGUUUCAAAUGAUUCUGAGGGAAAAAAAAGAAAUGACAACUGGGAUGCUUUCCAGAAUCUUCUUAUGAGAGAUGAGUCAAGUUAUGUUGCUACGGAGCCUAACAGGGUAGAGGUUCAGGAGGAAUAUUUUAUGACUAAAAACUCUGAAGAGGGAAGGGCCUCUAACCUGGAAAAGAAAAAAGUUACAAAGCAUCAAACAGUACCAAGUGAUUCCUUUGUUGUAACAGAGAGGAAUACAGGUAUGGAUGGGAAAACUCCCCUUCGGGAAUUUGAAGUUGAGGAAAGUGUCCACCCAACUAUUAGGAAAGCAGAUACCACAGCUGAAGAAUUGUUGUUUUCACAGAGAAUUGAAGAAUCAGGGGAUCAUUCCCAUGCCAUUCUAUCUGAUUGUGCUACUGAAUUUUCCAUAACCAAACGUCAAAAUGAAGGAGACUGGUUCAUAAGCAGCCAACCAGAUAAAUCGUCAAAUCAGGAUGAAAGCAAAGAUUUCAACAUGUUUGACAGCAUUUACAAUUCACUGGUAGCUGUUGAUGGUUCUUGUGCUGAAAAAAAAAUAAAAGAUGUUUUAGCCGAUGACUCUUUCAUGGUUCAAGCUCGAUCAGUAGAUAAUGAAUCUGAUUCACAAUUAAGGACUGACAUAAGCAUGGUUCCAGAGAUUGUCGGAGCUACUCGAUAUGAAAAUUGGACACCUGAGAUCUCAAACAAUAAGCCUGAAGCCAUUGCCACUCAUGAGCCAGAUGACCUUUACAUGGUGCUUGAUCGUGAUGCAAGAGUAGAGCACAGUAUGGCAUCUUGGACUCCGGAAAUGGAUUAUGAAAAUAACAUUUUAUCCAUUGCAGCCAAUAAAAGGCAAUCUGACAGUGAAACAGCUGGCUGUGUUGAUGAUAAGCUGCCUUCUAAUAGUAAGGAUACAAAAGCUAAACAUGGUGAGACACCUGUGGGCAAAGUUUCAAAUAAAGAAGCAAGGUCAACACUUUUAAAUGGAUCCGUUGGGAAAAGCAAACUUGGCACCAUAUUGAGGAGUAACAAAUCAUCUUUUGGAAGCCAAACAUCAACUACGAAGAGCAAAUUUGAGAAGGAAGAAGAGAAAAGAAAGAGAAUGGAGGAGUUACUGCUUAAACGGCAGCAGAGAAUUGCUGAAAGAAGUGCUUCUAGCGGACUUAAUACAGCAACAACUAAAAGGACAGCUGCCGUAAAUAGAACCGUCACAACUUCCAUAAAGAUCGAGAAGCCUAAAACUCAGACCCCAAUCCAAGAGACCAAGAAACUACAAAAGCCAGUUCUUAGGAGUUCCACCAUAGACCGCCUUGCAACUGCACGGAUACAUAAGGUCUCCCCAACUCAAUCAAAAUCUGUGAAGCCCAAAAAAUCAACCUUGAAGGCAACUGGUGCAGGUGCAAACACCUUGCCAAAGAAGACUGCUGGUGCUGAGAAUAAGCAGCCGAGUCCAAACAAAGUAAAGCCUUCAGAUGAGAUAAUGGUCCCUAAGAAUUCAAAUCAGGCACUUUCUUUGGACUCUGAUAUCCAAGUAAAGGAUUACUUGAAUUCAACUGCAGGUUUGUCAUUGAAGUCAUUGGCUGCACAAAUAACCCAAGCUACUGGUGCCCUUGAUCUGAAAGAUAUUAAGGAGCUGCACAGUACAUCUUCAACUGAAAAGAAUGGGGAUGAUAAGAUGUCGCAUAGGGAUAACUUGGAUGAUGUAUACUAUAGUGGGAACUCAGUAAAUGUGGCCUCAUCUGUGCCUACAGAUCAUAUUCCGCAUUUGGUUCUGCUAGAAGGUAACGUUGAUGGGUUAUCUAAUGCAUCUUCUGUUCAUGCCGAAGAAAAAACACUUUCUGAAGGCUCCUGCGACCAUAUUCCUGAAAUUGCUAUACAUCCUAUGCCAGUUUCACCUAACAAAGGUCCGAUUGCUUCUGCUGAGAAUAUUGAAGCAAAUGGACCAAAAAAUGAAAAUAUUUUAUUCUCGCCAGAAAUUUCUGAGAUAGAAAUUUUAACUCCACCGCCAAGUAAUGGAGCAGUCUCAAGGACAGUCCAUUCCAGGAAGAAAUGGGAGAGCGAUGAGAACUCAACUAAACCUGCCAAAGGGUUUAGAAGGCUUCUUUUGUUUGGAAGGAAAAAAGCUGAAACUCACUUGUGAAUUGAUCCUGUGGUAAUUGGUUGAACUUUGUGCUAGCAGCUUAUGUGUUCAUACCAUUCCAUGAUGCCUCUGCUUUAGAUUAUUGGUUAUUCAGGAGCAAGGGCUAACUUGCAAUCGAAUAGAUUGACAGCUGAUAUGUGCAUUACAGCUGUAGAGUGGAGAUAUUAAGAGCUCACAUCAUAAUAAGGCUUUCGGUUUGGCUGCCAUGCGACUAUUUGCAAUGUUAUGUAUCUGAAUUUGGAGAGUGUAAACAAGCGAUCUCAUAAUUUGGUAAACCUUAUGAA